UCUGUAUCCCGUAAGACAUCGUAGAUGUAUAUGCAUCGUAUAUAUAUAAUUAUACCUUUUGUUAGCAUAUGAAGUUAUUGCUGCCGUGUAACGCAAAGUGAACAGAAGUACAUAAAAGUGUUUUCUCUGAGCACGUGUUUAUUUUCAUAUAUGUGAAAAUUUUUUUAAAUCGUCUCAAAGAUGAUACGUUCAACCACAACUGGGGGUACACUUGUUUCAUACUUUAUUGUAUUAUUUGGAACUACACUGGGCUUAUACGAAUCAGCACCGCACAUAAUCGUCAUCAUGGCUGAUGAUUUGGGAUGGGAUGACGUCGGUUUUCAUGGCUCGGAUCAGAUACGGACUCCAAAUAUAGAUGCUUUGGGAUAUAAUGGAAUUAUAUUAAACAGACAUUAUGUCUUACCAUCUAGCACGCCUUCUAGAACUGCCUUUUUCACCGGACAAUAUCCGAUACGCAUGGGUAUGCAGGGAGAAGAUAUACAGGGUGGUGAACCCAGAGGGAUUCCUCUCAAUGUGAGGAUAUUACCGGAAUUUCUACGAGAUUUGGGAUACAUGACGAAACUGAUCGGAAAGUGGCAUUUAGGGUACUACACACCUCAGCACACCCCUUUGCGACGGGGUUUCGAUUCCUUUCUUGGCUUUUACAAUAGUCACGUUUCGUAUUAUAACUAUAAGUAUUCGUUUCAGAAUAUGAGCGGAUAUGAUAUGCAUCGCGGUGAUGCUCCAGCUUACGGAUCAACUGACAAAUAUGUGACUGAUUUUUUCACCGAUGAAGCAAUCAAAAUUAUCGAAUAUUACGAUCCAUCUCGACCCCUUUAUCUCCAAAUAUCACAUCUUGCUGUUCAUGCGCCUCUCGAGGGUCCGCAAGAUUAUAAUCAUUAUGAUAGUCAAUUUUUGCAUAUUCGGGAAAUAAAUCGCCGCAAAUAUGCAAAAAUGGUAUUACGAUUAGAUAAUUCCGUUGGACGUAUCGUUCAGGCCUUAGGUAACAAAGGAAUGUUAAAAAAUUCACUGAUUCUCUUUCUAACUGAUAACGGUGCAGCACCCAUUGGCAAAUUUCGCAAUUAUGGUUCCAAUUACCCCUUACGAGGUAUGAAAUAUACACUGUAUGAAGGAGGCGUGAGAGGAGUUGCUCUACUGUGGUCACCAAGACUGCGUAAGACAGCACGUGUAAGUGACGAGCUGAUGCAUGUAACCGAUUGGUUGCCAACUCUAUAUUCUAUCGCUGGUGGUGAUGUGAGAGAUUUGGGAGAGAUCGACGGAAUCGAUCAAUGGUGCAUGUUGAAUGGCAGUCUACCGAGUGCCAGGGACAGACUAUUACUUAACAUCGACGAGGUCUCUAAGACCGAGGGUGCCAUAUAUAAACAGUUCAAACUUGUUCGAGGUUCAAUCGAAGGCGGAUUAUAUGAUGGAUAUUUUUAUGAUCAUAUCGAAAGAAACGUGCCUAUAAUGCUUAUCAUGCCUAGUGAUCCUAAGACAAUUGUACAAGAAGACGUACCGCCGUACACCGAGACCAUUUUGAGGAGUGUGGUAUCAGAGACCAUCACUAGUUUCCUGGGUGACCCAGUUACUCAACCUAGCACGAUAAUUCAAUUACGACGCGAAGCAACUGUCAAUUGCCGGUCUAGAAACAGAUCUUUUCUUACAUGCAACGUUACCGAGUGUCUCUUUGACGUUAAUAAUGAUCCCUGCGAAACGAAUAACAUUGCCGAGCAAUAUUCAAGGAUCUCUCGGGAACUGGAUAAAUCCUUGGAACAGUAUUGGCAUAUCGUUAAGAGACAGAUGAAGAUACCAGUAGACUGGCUAGCAGAUCCCAGAAAGACAAAUAAUACAUGGGAACCGUGGAUACCAUCGGGUGAAAUAAUUUUAAACAAUUCAGCGGCUCAACUGGCUAAUUUGGCCUAUUGUGUUCACAUUGGAAUUAUUCUCGUAAUAGUCAUGUGUGAUAAUUUCAUUUAAACGAAUGUUUCGCAAAACGCGCGAAUUUUAUCAAUCAGUUGAGCAAAAUCAGUUGCGUUGAUCAAUUUAAAGCAACUUCGGAAUUGAUUUAUCGAUUUUACAUACAAAAAUAUCUAUAUUUUGAGCGCCUUCUCCUUUUUAUAUAUAAAAAAAAUCAUGCAGGUUUUUAAAAAUAAAAAGCGUACAACAUAUGUGUUACAACAUAUGAUAAUGUAUAUGCAAUAAGUUUGUUUCCAAAUGAAUAAAUUAUAAUGUAUAGAUAUGUUAAUGCGAAUUACAAAUACCUCGGCGAAUUAACAUUUGUAUAGCAUUUUUCCUUAUCAUUAUGUUUUUACAUACAUUUU